AUGAGGAAGCUGCAACAGCACAUCAGGGAGCUCAGGCAGGAAGUGGGGAGGAGCCCUCACAGGCAUGUGGACCCUGUCACUGCUCACAAGAGCGAGUUGCGAUUCUUUACUGUUGCCAUGUUCAGUGGGAUACAGCUCCUUGAGUGUCCUGCUGUCUUCCAUUCUCAGCAUACACACAUUCCAGGGGAAGAUCAGUGUGAGGACUAUUUCAAUGCCAACACUGACAAUAUUCCUUAUGAUGCUGGUGAGAAAUCUGAUUUUAAAGAUAACUUUCUUAGAUCUGGGAGGUGGAAUAAAAGGGAAAACAUUACCACAGAUCCUCCAGAAAUUAAAAGGAUUAUAAGGGGUGCAAGGUGCCGAGGAGCCCAAGUAGAAGAAAUAUGGAGUUUAGAGCCUGAGAAUUUUGAAAAAUUAAAGCCUGUUCACGGGUUGAUUUUCCUCUUCAAGUGGCAGCCAGGAGAAGAACCAACGGGCUCUGUGGUUCAGGACUCCAGACUUGUCAUGAUGUUUUUUGCCAAGCAGGUAAUUAAUAAUGCUUGUACUACACAAGCCAUAGUAAGUGUGCUGUUGAACUGUACUCAUCUAGAUGUCCAUUCAGGAGAGACAUUGUCAGAGUUUAAAGAAUUUUCACAAAGCUUUGAUGCAGCUAGGAAAGGUUUGGCACUGAGCAAUUCGGACAUGAUCCGGCGAGUGCACAACAGCUUCGCCAGGCAGCAGAUGUUUAAAUCCGACGCGAAGACGUUGGCCAAAGAAGAAGACGCUUUCCACUUUGUCAGUUACGUUCCUGUUAACGGAAGGCUCUACGAGCUGGACGGAUUAUGAGAAGGACCGAUUGACCUAGGUGCGUGCAAUCAAGACGACUGGAUCAGCGCCGUGAGGCCCGCCAUCGAGAAAAGGAUACAAAAGUACAGUGAAGGUGAAAUUCGAUUUAACUUAAUAGCCAUCAUGUCCGACAGAAAAAUGAUAUAUGAACAGAAGAUAGCAGAGUUACAGAGACAACUCGCUGAGGAGGAACCCAUGGAUACAGAACAGGGUAAUAUGUUAAGUGCUAUUCAAUCAGAGGUUGCCAAAAAACAGAUGCUCAUUGAAGAAGUACAGAAACUAAAAAGAUAUAAGAUUGAAAAUAUCAGAAGGAAGCACAAGUACCUACCUUUCAUUAUGGAAUUGUUAAAGACGUUAGCAGAACACCAGCAGUUAACACCACUAGUAGAAAAGGCAAGAAAACAGAAUGCAAAGAAAGCACAAGAAACCAAAUGA